ACCCCAACCCAAACUCAUCCUCAAAUCCAGCCCAGAACCCCAACCCAAACUCAUCCUCAAAUCCAGCCCAGAACCCCAACCCAAGCUCAUCCUCAACCCCAGUCCAGGACCCCAACCCAAACACAGUCUCAACCCCAGUCCCGGACCUCAACCCAAACACAGUCUCAACACCAGUUCAGGACCCCCCAAUUUCAAUCUCACCUGCAACCCAGGAAUCAAGAGCAGCCCCAACUGCAGACAAGGCACCCUUCGCAUGACCAACUCCAGACUCAAUACAGACCACAACCCAGACAGUUUCUCUCACAGUCUAGGCCAGCCCAGUCCCAAGCACAACCACAGUUUCAGCAGAUUCUAACACAGCAGAACCCCCAGUCCCACGCUCAGCUCACUAGACCCCGUGUGCAGCACCUCUCAUCCCAGCGACCAUCUCCCAGCCUAACCAGGACCAACCUGGUUCCUGCUCAACAGAACCAGAGUGAACAGCCCCAAGACCUGAGCACCACACGGCCUGCUCGAGUAAGUCUGCUGACGAGCCGAGAAGUCAGUAUGGAAGACUUAAGGGCAGAAGGAAGAGGGGAACCGGCCAUGACAUCAGAAAGCAGAGAGGUUUUAGGAGGAGACAGAGGGUCAAACAGCACCUCCAGACCUCCCAGCUCCAUGACUGCUGGACCUCCUGGAGUAGCUGGGGCUGUUGUUGUCCCAGGGUCAGAUGGUAGAGCCAGGCUCCAGACAGAGCCAGAGGCAGCAGGUGAGAGCAGGGAGCUCAGAGACAUUGUCCCUCAGUCCGCAGUCCCAUGCCCUAGCCGGGAGGAAACUGUAGAGUCACGGACUGCCGUCAGUGAAAGAGUCAGCUGAUUGGUCAGGCCGAUGAACAGGCUGACUGAUUAGCGUACUAGUGGACUGUGUCAGCACCAGAAGGAAGAAGAGAUUCAUGGAGGUUGAAUGUUUUUACACUGUUUGCAGAUUGAAGGAUAUCGUCACACAGGGCUGGUGGAACUGUCGCAGCUUCUGCUCCGUAUGAUCGGAGAUCCGUACGGAGACUGUAAAGUUCUGGACUAGAGAACCGACCUGGACAGACGGAGGAGAGAUAGUGUCUUUUUCUAGGAAAAACAAACAAAAAGGAAAAACCGAUAAAAAGUGUGUGUAUAGAUAAUCAAAAGGCAGCUGUUGUGUCCCGCUAGUCUCCUUGGGGAGGGGGAAGUAGUUUGGAACUAAAAACCAACGCUUAACAACACAUUACUCUGAACGAAACUUUGCUUCCAGAAUAUAACCAUUUUUUUAAUUUCGUAUUUUGAUAGUUUAUUGUUUUGUCUCUGUUAUACAGCUUUAAACUGAUAUUAUUGACUGACAGUCCCUUAUUUAAAGUCCUGCUAUUGACUGACGGUCCCUUACUGAAACUAGUCCUUGACUGAAAGCCUCAGAGGUGAUGUGGGGCAACGGUUUGCACCUUAAACUGGUUUCUUGAAAUCUCACAUUUGUUUUCCUCCCUGUUUUCCAUUAAUCCCACAAUAAACAAGAGGGGGGGGUUCAGUAAUUUCUUCCAUCCUCAUCCAGACUGCCCCCUACAGGUAGCCAGUCUGAUGUACGAGUAUUUAUAUUGAAUUCAUGAUUACACAGACCUCAUUCUGAACAGUGUUAGUGAUCAUCGUUUGAAAUAUUGGAGCAACUUGAGGAAUUCUUGAUUUGUCUGAUCAGACACUGACAACGCCUCAAACACAGACAAGUCAGUUGUUUGAUUAAAACAACAUUAAGUACUCCUCCGUUGUUUUACAAGUAUUUCAAACGAAUUGUUCUUCCAGUUUAGAGAUUCUUCCGAUUUCUGGUCUUCAUUGAAUAUGUUCUGGUCUUUUCGUUUCCAAAGGAAGCGUUUUAAUAUCAAACCAAAUCCACUUUUACAGUAGCUUUAUUUUAGUUUGUAUUCUUAAUGAACGAGUGGGAAAUGGACUCCUCAUUUAUUGUUUCUUUGUGUUGAACAUCUGGAACAGUUUGUACAAUCAACCGUCUACAUGUCACUCGUAGACUCUGCAGGCCUUCAACUGGAGAAACACGUACGCAGAGGGCGACCUCGCUGAGGUUUUACUGUCGGCCAUGUUGGUGAUGUUGGUGUAAACUAAAGAAAAAACCCUGAAGGUGGUGUGACGCAGCUUCACAAAACUUCAUCGACCAGAAAACUAACUUUGAGUCUGUAAGUUAAGAUUCGAGAGUGAAUCAGGAUUGGUCGGUGCAGGAUUUAAAACUCCAAGGGCUUUAAAGCUGGUAAACGAUGACACCUCAGCCACGAGGCAAAUGUUGUUAGUGGUAGACAGAGAUGCAGUAUGGAAGCAUCUGCCUUGACCGGUUGGAAAGAAAUACCAAUAACCCUGAUUGACGAUGACACUCAUGUAAACGUGUAGUUAAAAGCAGGAAAAUCAGUGGUUUGAUAUCCCAGAGACCUCUCUGCAAUCUCCAGCUGAAGGCUAACAGCUAGCUGCUAGCUAAUGUUUGUCCCAGCAUGCAAAGCGCAGCUCACUACAGGAUCGUUUAGCUCGGACCUGCAGAGUGCACCUUGAGGUUGAGCCUCCACAAACAGGACUGUGACCUCCGACUCCAAAGGCUCGUGUUCGAUCGCUGAGUUCAGAGUCUGACGUUAGAAAACUGCGACUGAAACCUGCUCAGAUGACUCCAGACUCCACCUGCUGGUAAAACCAUGAAAAACUACCACAAACAUCAGGACGAAUUAGGAGACGGAAGCUUGGAUGACUCGCAGUCAAUUAUUAUGUUGUGAUCAGACAGGAAAUAAACACAUCACCAUGGUUACAGUGUAGCGCUGUGAUUAGCUGUUGGAUAGUGAAAUGCACCCUGGGAGUCGUAGUUACCUACUUCAGUUUUUCAUUUACAGCUUCUCGUCUCGUCGAUAUGGCGUUUAAAUCAGAGAUGAGGACGUUAAGUCAUGAUGACUGAAGCAGCAGCUCAAUGACGUCAUAGGUGAUAGAUGAGAACAGCCCAUCAGGCUCUGAGUUGUUGGGUCCGAUCUGAACUUACAGACUCUGUUACCAUUCUUCAUCCCCAGCACUUUAACGAACGCAGCUUCACCCUUAUUAAAUAAAUGUCCCUCGUUCUUUAAAGUCCUUGUUCGAUCACCUUCAUGAUGACAUCAUGCAGGUGAUGUUUAUCUUGGCCUGAGGCUCCUCCCCUCUGCAUACGUGGCACUCCGCUGUGUAUGACUCGCUUCACAGGACUCGACCCGGCACAACCACAGUAACCAGCCACCAUGUUGCAUGUUCCAGAGUUUAGUGCCUAUAAUCUUGUGCGUCUUGCCAGAAGCCACCAUGUCAGCGAAGCCAUGUUGUGUUCUUAGACUUUAGUCGUGACGUGAGGUGACGUCAUAGUUGCUGAUGUUGAGGAUGAAUAUUCUGCUUCAGUGGAAACUGUAGAAAAUCUAGUUUUUACCUGUUUUCUUAUUUUUCUUUAACUAAAGCAUUUGUGUCCCUAA